AUGUCUCCCAAAAGCCUUCUCAUCCUUACCCUCGCCAGUGUGCUCGGCCGCGGCAUCGCGAUCCCCUUCGGCGUCAUCAACAACCCAACACUGGAAGACAAUGGAACCUGCGCUGCAGGAUACAACUACUACAACUGCAGCAACGGCUGGCACGGCUGCCACAAGGAAGACCGGUGCUCGGAGCCUACUAUAUCAACACCAACACCGACACCGACACCGACACCGACAUCCGCUCCAGCCCAAGCAUACACAUCUCCUGUCCCCGAACCCACCGAGAUCAACACGCCAAAGAUAUACGCUCUCAACCCACGUAAUGAACACCAUGACACUCAGGUCGUAGAUCACAUCUUACUAGUCACAAACGACACAGAUGCCCUCGUCGUCUUCAGCGGGAUCCCCGCAGGUGCCCGGGAUUGCAUCCUAAAAUGGCGCACCGCAGCACUUUCAACCGGGCGACAAUUCAGCUGCGAUGGCGCGGGAGGCUGUCCCGUCGCAACACAACAGCUCGCUGGCGUACCAUCCGCAGAUGGCAACAUCGAUAUAAACCCCGCCUCGUUGAAGCAGUAUGAGCGUGAGGAGUGGAAGUGGAAGCCUAGUUUGGAUUUUACGACCUGGGACAAGAUGGAAGCGGUAUAUGGUAAGACUGGGCCCACGCUGGAUUGUAAGCAGGAGGUGGUGGUGCGAUUGAUGAUCAAUAAUGAAGUGCAGUCCCAACAUAUGUGGGGAAGCCUUGUUCUUGGUAAUAAUGCGGCGACCGGGUUUUAUUUGAGUUACAUAAUGUAG